AAAAUAAUUCAUCACUAAGGUGUGGUAUAAAGGGAGGAAGGCAUGUCUAGUAAAAGCAAUUUGUAAUAGAGAUUUUUGAAACCAUGUCUCUUGCUGGAAAGCUUGUGAGUGAAUUAGAACUAAAUGUUUCAGCACAAAAAUACUACACUGUCUUUAAAGAUAAAGUUUGUCAUAUUCCCAAUAUUUCUGACAUAAUCCAUAAAGUUGAAGUUCAUGAAGGUGAUUGGGAUAACCAUGGUCAUGGCUCCAUCAAAAUAUGGAAUUACACGAUUGAUGGCAAGCCUGAAGUGUUUAAGGAGCAAGUGGAAUUUGAUGACGAGAAGCUAGCAGUAACUUUGAUUGGAUUGGAAGGAGAUGUGUUCGAGCAUUACAAGACCUUCAAGGUAACAUAUCAAGUUGUGCCGAAGGAUUCAGAGCAUAGUUUGGCAAUUCUGACUUUGGAAUAUGAGAAACUUAGGGAUGACACUCCUUAUCCAUACAAGUACCUUCAUCUCAUGAAUAAACUCACAAAGGACAUUGAAGCGCACCAUAAAUAAAAGAAAAGUGUGUUGUAUCCAAAUUGAGCUUUCAUCUUUCGUAUUUAUUAUUAUGCUAUCACUUAAUCUAUGUGUUUAAACAAUGGUUAUCUUCAAUUAUAUGAAAUUGAUGAAGCUCGAUAAUAAUGUUUCUUUAAUAUAUAGUAUGAUAUGAAGAAUUUCUAUCCCGUGUGCUUAUAGUUAA